GUUAGUCUUCCUCGUCUUUCAGAGGAACGCCUGCUUUUAAUUGCUUUUGCGGAUCAAGUUCUUCGAAGCUAGAAAGAUAUCUUGUGCUAAAAUGGCGGAUUCCGAGACAGAAGACUUUCUAGUUGCAACGCAAGACUGUUUUUCUAUUGAACAGGACAAAAAUGCAGAUACAGAAGUUCUAGAUGACGAUCUUGAGGAAGAAUUGUAUGCUGAUUUGACAAUGGAUAUUAAGCAGGAGAUGGAUUACAAUGAGUUAAAGAAAUUGUUUGAUGAAAGUAGAAUGAAAGUUCAAGAGUUGUCAAAAGAGAAUCAAGCAUUAAAGGAGCAGAAUAUUAUUUUAAAGAAGAACAUUUCCUCUCUUUACCUGACUGCUAAAGAAGAAAUCCAGAGAAAAGAUGCUCAACUGAAAGCCUUGCAAGAAAAAGAAGACAGGAGAAAACAGUACUAUGCACAGAAGAUGGAGAAAACUAGCACCAACAACUGACAUGGCAAAAUAUUAGGCAUUUGAUUACCUGACUGCUAAAGAAGAAAUCCCAAGAAAAGAUGCUCAACUGAAAGUCUUGCAAGAAAAAGAAGACAGGAGAAAACCGUACUAUGUACAGAAGAUGGAGAAAACUAGCACCAACAACUGAACUAGCACCAACAACUGACAUAGCAAAAUAUUAGGCAUCACCUCUCCUUGUUGAAGGGAAUCAAGGGCAGUCCACUGGCCUCUAAUUACCUCUGAGGUCUUGGGUUUGAUUUGUGGACUCAGUAUUACAUUUAAGUAGCACUUGUAGGGAAAAGUCUUUCUCUUGAUUCAAGGGUUUUUUGUCUGGAUUCUCAAAUUUUCCUCCCUAUACUAUGUAAGACCUAACAAUUACUUAAUUCCAAUUCAAUCUGAGUGAGCCAUGCCCUGACUUAGAUCAU